GUCAAAUGGGACCAGAUGACACAAGCCUUUACAUCUGGGCCCCAACAACCAAAAUGCAGAAGUUUGAGCCUCCGUGAAUUUCAAAAUGCACAAACAAUGGUAUUUGCUAUUGAGGAAAUCAACAACAGAACUGAUAUACUUCCUGGAGUCAAAUUGGGUUACAGAAUCUAUGAUUCCUGUGGAUCAGUAGAAAUAACUACAAGAGCCUCCUUGUCUUUAGUUAAUGGAAAUGUGAAAAAAUUAUCUGUAGUGUCUUGCUCCAAACCUGAUACAGUUCAAGCAAUCAUAGGUGAAACAUCCUCCAGCCCAUCUAUUGCCAUGUCUGCAACUGUGGGACCUUUGCACAUACCUGUGGUCAGUCACUUUGCAACAUGUGCAUGCUUAAGUGACAAAAUGAAAUAUCCAUCGUUCUUCAGAACUGUUCCCAGUGAUUAUUACCAGAGCAGAGCUUUAGCUAAGCUGGUCAAGCAUUUUGGAUGGACAUGGGUAGGGGCUGUAUGCAGUAAUAACGACUAUGGAAACAAUGGCUUAAAUAAGUUCAUUAUUGCAGCCAAAGAAAUGGGAGUCUGUGUUGAGUAUUCCAAAGCCUUCUUUCGAACAGAUCCCAGAGAAAAGAUUUUGAAACUAGUUGAGAUUAUGAAGGCCUCAACCUCCAAAGUCAUUGUAGCUUUUGUUGCAUACAGUGACUUUGGUUUUCUUCUAAAGGAAAUGGCCUUACAGAACAUGACUGGGUUUCAGUGGAUUGGAAGUGAGUCCUGGAUCUCUGAUAUGAACACACCCAAUGCUGAAUGGCAACGUAUUCUGAAAGGAUCAAUGGGAUUUGCUAUACCAAAAGCUGAAAUUGACGGCUUAGGGGAAUUUCUGACUAAGCUUAAUCCCGCUACUGAUGCAGAUAUUUUUAAAGAGCUAUGGGGAACAAUAUUUGAUUGCAAGCUUCCGCAACAAGUGAAUGGUGAAAUAAAACAAAUCUGCAAAGGCAAUGAAAGUCUCAGUCAAGUUCAAAACCUUUAUACAGAUGUUUCAGAGUUACGAGGUUCAAAUAAUGUUUACAAUGCCGUUUAUGCUGUGGCCUAUGCUUUACAUAACACAUAUGGCUGUUCAAAGUUAAAGAGUGGAAAAGAAGGUUUUAUUACAUGUGCAAACAUGACAGAUAAUAAAACAUGGCAGGUGAUGAAUGAGUUGAAGAAACUCAGAUUUACUAGUGCAACUGGAGAGGAAGUAUACUUUGAUGAAAAUGGAGACCCUGCAGCAAGGUAUGAACUGCUGAACUGGCAACAAGACAAAGAUGGUAAAGCAGUAUCUGUGAAAGUGGGCUUCUACGAUGGGUCUUUGCAAGAACAUCGGCAGUUGUCAUUUAACAAAAUCAGUAUAGCCUGGGCCCACGACAAACCAGAGGUGCCAAUCUCUGUAUGUAGUCUCAGUUGUUCCCUGGGCACCAGGAAGGCUGUACAGAAAGGAAGGCCCAUCUGCUGUUUUGACUGUAUACCAUGUGCAGAGGGAGAAAUCAGUAAUAUAACAGAUUCUAUAUCUUGCAUCAAGUGCCCUCCUGAACUGUGGUCUAAUUACAAGAAAGAUACCUGUGUCUUGAAGUUGGUGGAAUUCCUGUCAUUUGAGGAAUUAAUGGGAAUCAUUCUUGCAUCAUUUUCUUUGUUAGGAGUAACUUUAACUAUCUACAUUGCUGUAAUUUUCUUCAAACACAAGGACACACCAAUUGUUAGAGCAAAUAAUUCUGAACUGAGCUUCUUGUUGCUCUUCUCACUCUGUCUGUGUUUCCUAUGUUCACUUACUUUUAUUGGUCAGCCCUCUGAGUGGUCCUGUAUGCUGCGUCACACUGCGUUUGGAAUCACCUUUGUCCUCUGUAUCUCCUGUGUUCUGGGGAAAACUGUAGUGGUGUUAAUGGCCUUCAGGGCUACACUUCCAGGCAGUAAUGUCAUGAAAUGGUUUGGGCCUCUACAGCAGAGACUCAGUGUACUUGCCUUCACUCUUGUACAGGUUAUUAUUUGUGUACUUUGGUUAACAUUAUCUCCUCCUUUUCCCUACAAAAAUAUGAACUACUACAAGGAAAAGAUUAUAUUAGAAUGUCAUGUAGGCUCAGUUAUAGGUUUCUGGGCUGUGCUGGGUUAUAUAGGAUUUUUGGCCCUUUUAUGUUUUAUCUUGGCUUUUCUGGCCCGGAAGUUGCCUGACAAUUUCAAUGAAGCCAAAUUCAUCACAUUCAGCAUACUUAUAUUCUGUGCAGUUUGGAUCACUUUUAUUCCUGCUUAUGUCAGCUCUCCUGGAAAAUUCACUGUAGCUGUAGAGAUAUUUGCUAUUUUAGCAUCAAGCUUUGGUUUACUAUUUUGUAUAUUUGUUCCAAAGUGUUAUAUAAUCAUUAUGAAACCAGAUAAGAAUACAAAGAAGCAUAUGAUGAGUAAAGCACCCGUGAGAGCAGCUGAUCCUCCCUGCAGCAUCCAAGGAUUGCCCAAUUCUCCUCAACUCAGUAAAGAUGGGGAUAUACUGAUUGGUGGAAUCUUCAACUUUCACAGCAAAUGGGAGCAGCCAGCACGAACAUUUACUUCAGGGCCCAAGAAAGGAGAAUGCAUUCGUUCAAGUUUGACCCUCAAAGAAUUUCAAAGUGCACAAACAAUGGUCUUUACAAUCGAAGAAAUCAACAAUAGAAGUGAUAUUCUUCCUGGCAUCAAUUUGGGUUAUAAAAUCUAUGAUACAUGUGGAACAUCUGAAUUGGCCACAAGAGCUGCCUUGUCUUUAAUCAAUGGUCAUGGAGAAAAUACAACUUCAGUGCACUGCUCCAAACCUGACACUGUUCAAGCAAUUAUAGGACAUUCUGCAUCUACCCCAACUAUUGCCAUCUCUACUACAGUGGGACCUUUGCAAAUUCCUGUGGUUAGUCACAUUGCAUCAUGUGCAUGUCUAAGUGACAAAAAAAAACACCCAUCAUUCUUCAGAACCGUUCCCAGUGAUUACUAUCAGAGCAAAGCUUUGGCAAAGCUCGUCAAACAUUUUGGAUGGACCUGGGUGGGGGCCUUGUGCAGUGAUAAUGACUAUGGGAAAAAUGGCAUAAGUGCAUUUAUCAGUGCUGCCAAAGAAGAGGGAAUCUGUAUUGAGUAUUCCAAAGCAUUUUUUAAGACAGAUUCCAGAGACAAAAUUCUCAGCAUUGUUGAUAUUAUUAAGUCUUCAACCUCCAAAGUGAUUGUAGCUUUUGUUGCAUACUCUGACUUUGCUUUUCUUCUGAGGGAAAUGGUCUUGCAGAACAUGACUGGGUUUCAGUGGAUUGGAAGUGAGUCCUGGAUCACUGAUUUAAACACUGCCAAUGCUGAAUGGCAACAUAUUCUGAAGGGGUCGGUGGGUUUUUCUAUCCCAAAUGUUAAAAUCAAUGGCCUGGGGUCAUUUUUGACUAAGCUUAAUCCAUCUUCUGAUGAACCUAUUUACAAAGAGGUUUGGGAGACCAUAUUUCAAUGUAAAUUUGUAACACAAGAAAACACUGAGAUGAAACAACUGUGCAACAGCAAUGAAAUCCUUGCUCAAGUUAAAAACAGUAGUACAGAUGUUACAGACUUACGAAUUGCAAAUAAUGUUUAUAAGGCUGUGUAUGCUGUGGCUUAUGCCCUACAUAACAGUUAUGGCUGUUCAGAGAAGGAAAAUGGACAAGAAGGUGCUAUUGCAUGUACAAUAUUAGAAGAUUACCAGCAACCCUGGAAGAUAGUGAAUGAGUUGAAGAAAAUCCGUUUCAUGACUACAACAGGAGAGGAUGUAUUCUUUGAUGAGAAUGGAGACCCAGCAGCACGUUAUGAAGUGCUGAACUGGCAGCAAGGUAAAGAUGGUAAAACAGUAUUUGUUAAAGUGGGCUUCUAUGAUGCCUCUCUGCAAACACACCUUCAGCUGUCAAUUAACAACAACAGCAUAGUCUGGGCCCACAACAAAGCAGAGGUGCCAGUCUCUGUGUGUAGUCCUAGUUGCCCCCCAGGUACCAGGAAGGCUGUACAGAAAGGAAAGCCAAUCUGCUGUUUUGACUGUAUACCAUGUGCAGAGGGAGAAAUCAGCAAUAUAACAGAUUCUAUAUCUUGCAUCAAGUGCCCACCUGAACUGUGGUCAAAUGAAAAGAGAGAUAACUGUGUCUUAAAGCUUGUGGAAUUCCUGUCAUAUGAGGAAAUAAUGGGAAUUAUUCUCGUAUCAUUUUCUUUGUUAGGAGCUUUGUUCACUAUCUGCAUUGCAGUAACUUUCUUUAAACACAAGGACACACCAAUUGUUAGAGCAAAUAAUUCUGAGCUGAGCUUCCUACUGCUCUUUUCUCUGACUCUGUGUUUUCUCUGUUCACUUACUUUCAUCGGAAGGCCCUCUGAGUGGUCCUGUAUGCUGUGCCACACAGCAUUCGGGAUCACCUUUGUCCUCUGUAUCUCCUGUGUUCUGGGGAAAACUGUAGUGGUGUUAAUGGCCUUCAGGGCUACACUUCCAGGCAGUAAUGUCAUGAAAUGGUUUGGGCCUCUACAGCAGAGACUCAGUGUACUUGCCUUCACUCUUGUACAGGUCAUUAUUUGUAUACUUUGGUUAACAAUAUCUCCUCCUUUUCCCUAUAAAAAUAUGAAAUACUACAAGGAAAAGAUUAUAUUAGAAUGUAACGUAGGCUCAGUUAUAGGUUUCUGGGCUGUGCUGGGUUAUAUAGGACUUUUGGCUCUUUUGUGUUUUAUCUUGGCUUUUCUGGCCCGGAAGUUGCCUGACAAUUUCAAUGAAGCCAAAUUCAUCACAUUCAGCAUGCUCAUAUUCUGUGCAGUUUGGAUCACAUUUAUUCCUGCUUAUGUCAGCUCUCCUGGAAAAUUCACUGUAGCUGUAGAGAUAUUUGCUAUUUUAGCAUCAAGCUUUGGUUUACUAUUCUGCAUAUUUGUUCCAAAGUGUUAUAUAAUCAUACUGAAACCAGAAAAGAAUACAAAGAAGCAAAUGAUGGGUAAAGCACCUGUGAAAUGA